AUGUCAUUAUCAUCCAGAUUACUACCUCGGUUACGACCCUUAAUACCCUCACGAAGCAUCGUCAGCGCCGCACCAAACCGCAACGAAGACUGGCCGCAACGCAAUUCCCUCGGUCCAUACUACGAAAUAAUUCUCAACAACCCGUCACAGACUCCAAUCGACAAACCAGAAGUCCCCCCAAAAACAGCAGAUCCCUCAGUCCAAUCCGAAUUCCCCACCAAAACCGCUGUCCAAACACCAGAAGAAAAAGCACGCCUAGUCUUCGGCUCACGCUUAUUCGGCUCCGCGGAAAAAGACGAACGCCUAGCAGCGCGAAAAGCAAAAGCGACGUAUAUCGCCGGUGUUCUCGUGCCGCCUAAACCGGUUGAGCCGGAUAAUUGCUGCAUGAGCGGCUGUGUAAACUGCGUCUAUGAUCAAUAUCGCGAUGAGCUGGAGGAGUGGCAGCUCAAGAACGCAGAAGCACAAGCUGCGCUAAGAAAACACGAGGGGUCUAUGGAUUCGGACGGGGGAGGAUCAGAGUCGAUUUGGGUUGCGCCAGAGGUUGGGAAGGCCAAGAUUGCGAAGGACUUUUGGGAUGAGGAGUUGUAUGCCGAUUUGCCAGUUGGCAUUCGAGAGUUUAUGAAGACGGAGAAACUUCUGAAGAAGAGGCACGAGAGCGAAAGGACCAAAGAGAGCUGA